CUGCUGCAAUAGUUCACAAUGGUGUGGAAGUUUGGAUUUAAGGUUUGCGGUGCAAAUUGAGCUGCCCAGUUUCUGGUACAUGGCAGGAAAAUCUGAUCGGGAUACCUGGGAGUGUUCUGUCUUCAUGAUAAGCUGUUACAGAUAUUAAUGGCUCACGUGUUUGUGGCAUGUGUGCAGGGUUAAAAGCCUGUAGCAUCGCAGGCAGAAAGUAGUGGAAGAAAUACUUUUUAAUCCAAUUUGAUGCGAGAGUGGAAGGGACAAUUUGACCAUUAGCUGUGAAAAAUCCGGCGGGAAUUGGCUUCUCAGCAAACCAUCGCCCAAUAUAGAGGCCAGGGGAAUUUGGACCACCUUUGUCCUCGAGUCGUUUCAGCCACCCAUUCCCGCUCUCUCUCCCCCUCCCACAGGGAAUUCUGGUAAAACCGAUGGCCCUUGCAUCUCGCCCCCUUAUAAUCAUGUCAAGAAGUACAAACAGGUUAAACGUCACCACUCGACGGGUGACAUGUUAUCAGGGGAGCUGGAUUUAGAGGACAACCCCACCCCCAUCACCCUCUCGCAGAGGCCUAAGUCCGAAGGUCACGCCUACAACAGGUUCUCCCCCAAGAGGACGACCAGUUUUAUGGGUAGUUCACCGUUUGGCAAAGCUGAAUCCUAUCAGAAACUUGAGCAGCUUGGAGAAGGAUCCUACGCCACUGUCUUCAAGGGGCUGAGCAGUUUAACCCAUCAGACGGUAGCUCUGAAGGAGAUUCAGCUUAAGGAGGAGGAAGGGGCUCCAUUUACAGCCAUCAGAGAAGCGUCAUUACUGAAGGGCCUCAAACAUGCGAACAUUGUCACUCUUCAUGACAUCAUCCACACCAAAGAGACCCUGACCUUUGUAUUUGAAUAUGUGUCCUCCGACUUAAGUCAGUAUUUAGAAAAACACACAGGUGGACUCAAUCCUUUCAAUGUUAAGUUAUUCUUGUUCCAGUUGUUAAGAGGGUUGGCUUACAUUCACAGAUUUAGGAUAUUACACAGAGAUUUAAAACCACAGAAUUUACUUAUUAGUGAUAUAGGUGAAUUAAAAUUAGCAGAUUUUGGAUUAGCCCGUGCCAAAUCUGUGCCGAGCCGGACGUAUUCUCAUGAAGUGGUUACACUUUGGUACCGUCCCCCUGAUGUCCUGCUAGGCUCAACUAACUACUCCACCUCACUCGAUAUGUGGGGUGUAGGGUGUAUAUUUACGGAGAUGAUAUCUGGUCUUGCCACGUUUCCUGGGAUGAAAGAUGAUCAACUAGACAUGAUCUUCCGGGUUUUGGGUACACCCACUGAGGACACAUGGGAAGGGGUAACGCGCUACCCAAAUUACGACCUAAAGCAAUUUGGGCUUUAUCCUCCACAAAAUCUAAUGACUGUGAUUCCUAAAAUCUCCUUUAUUCCUCUGGCGGCACACCUGGCGUCACAGCUGCUGCAGAUGAACCCCCACCGGCGAUUGUCGGCCCAGAAGGCGAUGAAGCACGAAUACUUCUCUGACCUCCCUCAUCUUGUUCAUGAACUUCCAGAUGCUGCUUCCAUUUUCACCGUGAACGGACUUAAGCUUCUGCCAGAAAUGGACGAGUUGUUAAAUGAGAUGCCAAAGAAACCGUCGGGCAGAAGUGGAAUACGAACAACGCUGCGAGUAUAAUGACCGUUUCUUGCUGAUAUAAGAGGUGAAGAUUCCAUGGAUAAGUUUCUAGGAUUCCAUCACACAUGUGACAGUGUGGAGCAUUUUGAUUGGUGGAUUCAGAGACUGACAGCUGCUCAAGUGUGACAUGUUCUGAUUGGUUGCGUCUGGACAUGUGACUCCCCUAUUCAAGUUUCCAGCUUUGUGAUUGGCUGGAUAUAAGCAAUAAGACCAGUGAGAUGUUUUCUGUAAUGGGAAAUGGACAUGUGAGAAAACUGAUCACUUUCGUCUUUCUUUUCUCAAAAGGAAAGAAACAGUCAGCCAUUUGUACGAAAAUUUUGUACAAGUUAUAGUCAGAUGACCCAUUUAAUUGAAGACAAACCCCCAGUGGCUGUUAACUAUUUGUACUUACCUUUUUUUACUGUAUAUUUAGAUACAUUGUUAAAAGAUGCACAGGUGCAAGCUUAUAGUCUCGUCGGUGCAUUGUCCGUUGUCUGUUGCUGCGUUGUAUUUUUAUAUGAAAACCCCUCUGCUCUACUUUGCCUUCUAUGACGGGAAAACCUUCCAGUGGCCUGAUGAUUUUUAUAUCUGUAUUUGAACCAUAGGAGUGCUCUUCAUAACUUGACU